UCCGCAUAAUUCAAACACUUUGGUGAAAAGUCUCAAAUUUAUAAAUUUUGUAAAUUUAUUUAUUGAAGAUAAUUAAAAUUUGAGUGUCAUUUGUUUUUAUAAAUUUGUACUCUGUUUCUAUGGUUAUAGAAUAUUAUUAAUUCGAUUCAGUAUAAAAAUCGUUUGAAUUUUACCAACGAAUUUUAUAUCGAAUAUGGCUAAUUUCAUUAACUCCACUUUUUUCAAAGUGGGACUCACCGUGAUGACUGGAGUUGUGUUCAGUACACGUUGGCUUGGGAAGAAGAAGUACAUACAUGAAGAUACGGACAUGACCGAAUUUCCCGGAACUGAAAAAACCUCCGUCUCUGUAGAAGAAGCUGAAGAUGCACUCGUCAACAUGGACAAAGCGGAAGAAUUUGCCGAAGUACAAACCAGCACGGACGGAAUAACAGAGGAAGAGUUGAGGGAAAGAGUGGUUAGGGAGGUUUUCAAUUUUACUGUCGCGCCAAUAUCGCAUAGACCUUCCCUGCAAGAUACAACAAUACCUGGAAUGACUAAUGGUCAAACAAAUUUGACAUCAACCACGGACGAUGACGAAUACAGGAGGAGAGAGAUAAAUUACCUUGGAUAUUUUACAUCCUGGUAGUUUAUCCAUUAUACGCAAUUUUUCUAUUUAACUAGAUUAGUUGAUUUUUUGGCUGUAUUUUCAUUUAGACUUCAUUUU